GAAUAUCAUUGGAGGUGAUUCUAAGCAGCUGGAAAUGCAGCGAGAGCCUCAUGUUUACACAAACUGAACCUGGGAGGAGAACGACUCAGAGAAUCUCCAAAGACCCUCCUUCAGCAACACGCGCUGUCCUGCCUCCUCUUCCUCCUCCUCCAUCUCCCAGUCCGUCUCCAGAGAGCUGGACGCAGAGUUUAGUCUCUUAUCCUCUAAUUAACAGAGAAUUUGUGCCAUUUUUGCAACCUUUCCCCCUCUGCUUCCAAUGGGCCAGAGAGACUGAUCCAGCUGUUUGCGCUGCACACAUGGAUUGUUGCGCCUUUGCUGCGGUUCUGGGAUGUUUACGCAUCGCGCUGCUCUGGGCUCUGCAACUAGGAGCGCUGGCGCAACACGCUCCGGAGUGUUACCCUGGAGGACAUCGGAUCUUACGUAGCCCCUACCGCAGCGUCGAUUUCGACUCCACAGAGAUCCAGAACACGGCCAUCCAGGACCUGAUCUGUGACCAUUCGCUGUUGGCCGGCUGGUACCGAUUCUGGAUCAACAACAAGCCGGCAGAGAUGCCAACCAGCUGCAUUGAGAUGAACCGCUGUGGUACCCAGGCUCCAAUCUGGCUGCCGCUGAAGGACACCUCUCUGCCGCGACCCGGCCAAGUCCGCCAGCUCUCCGCCUGCGCCACAUGGCAGUUUUUCCACGGCAGCGCCAAAGACUGCUGUCUUUUCCGCAUACCCAUCACGGUGAGGAACUGCGGCGACUUCCUGGUCUACUACCUUCAGCCGACGCAGGGCUGCAUGGGAUACUGCGCUAAAGUUGCUCCAGAAUCAGGAUCCAGAGUCUGUUUACCAGGAGAAGUGGAAGUUAACGGACAAUGCAAAGUUUUGGUUCCAUCUUUGCCUUCCCGGCCGGUGAUAACCCCAGAGCCCAUAGGACACAGCGUCCACCUCCGGUGCUCCUUCGUCCCGCCGCCCUGGAGCCAGACACUGGGCUUCCAGGUGGUUUGGGCCCGACACAUCGGCCACAAGAUGAAGGCCGAGAUCAGGCAGGAAUCAACGCUGAAGCCCUUCUCUCUGGUGGAGAUGGACGGCGUCCACUUCAGGCUGGGAGAGACGUUCUCAUGUAGUGUGUCGAUUUUCAAAGUUGGCUCCAACCACACCAGAUCCUCUGCAAAGGAAAGUGAAAGUUUCUACGCUGGAUUAAAGUUUUCUCCAGACUCUCUUCACAUAGCAGAGAACAACAUGGAGCAUGAAGUGACCGUCCACAGCACAGUCCCUAUUCCCUGCUUUAGCUCCAACCUUGGCCACCAGUGUGGAGUCCCUCUGGCUUUGAGUGUCCACAAUCCAGAGAGCCUGAGGCAUGAGGUCCCCAAUGUGGUGUUGUCGGCCUGCCAGGUGAAAAUCCAGCCAAAAACCUGCAGGGACGACAGCUGUGGCAGCGCAACAUUUGUCCUCACCGCUGUGACGGAUUUCACACAUGACGGAAAUCGACUGAGCCUGGUCUCUGUUUUACCUGGACCUGGUGCUCCGAGACUCUGGAGGAGCUAUACCCCAACAUCUCUGAAGGUCUUGGUUCAAGACAUUCCCACCUCUAUGUGUUACUCUUUGACUGAUCCACAUGUCAUCACACUUGAUCGCAGGCGUUAUGAGAACCACCAGACUGGCACCUUCCUUCUAUACCGAAGUCUUGCCAGGAGGUUUGAGGUCCAUUCUCGCCAGUGGGACUGUGGCAGCAGACACUACGCAGUUGCCUGCAAUUGUGGCGUUGCUGUGCAAGAGGGGAAUGACAUAGCAAUCAUUGACAUGUGCAAUGGCCAGCUUCAAGAGACCCGACCUCAGCUUAUUGUAAAGAACAUUGGUGAGGAGGGGAGUCGGGUCAGGAUCCUGGAAUCCCAUCAGGGAAAGAAGGUCACCUUGAUGUUUCCCUCUGGGGCAUUUGUCAGGGCAGAUGUAAGCGACUGGGGGAUGAGCUUGUUUGUCCGAGCUCCAAGUGUCGACUUCAGCAACACUCAGGGAUUGUGUGGGACCUUUGACCACAACAGCAACAAUGACUUUCAUGGUUCCAAUGGUGGUUUUUAUGGUCCUGAUGACUUGGACCGCUUCAUUGAGGACUGGAGGAUAGCUCCUGGUGAGAGUUUAUUUGACAAUACACCGCCUCUGAUCGUGCAAAAGGCCAGACAACCCUUCUGUCAAUGCCACAGAGAAUUUACCCCAUCUCAACAAUAUAGCAGAGGGACGGUGCAAAGUCCUUUAUCUCACUCUGACUGCUCUGCAUACGACAAUGUGGAUUACACAUCUGUUUUUCCUUCCAUGGAUACAACAGCAGAAUACAUCAAGAGUCCCAAAAGAGAGGGACGCAUCCUGGAAGUGUCUGCUUUGAGUAGUCAUCCUCUGGAGGGAAGGCACUUGUGGAUUAAUGGACAGAGAAGUCAACAUGGAGAUGAUUUUGAACUAGGUGGCGAGUUGAGAGAAGAUCUGCUGCUGUCACCACACAGGCCAAAGAGACACGCUUCCUUUGAAUUUCAGCCCAUCUUUGCUGCUGAGAGCCUGAGCCAAACAGAUUUGGAAAGUUUUGCCUACUUUUUUCCUGAAGAUCACCUGGCAGAAGCUAGACCAAAGGUUCAACCCCAGUGGCCCACACCAACUGGACUGACCUCAGCCAAAGCCCUGGAGGUUUGCCAGAAGGCCUUGGUCAACUCCACCAUUGGCGUCAUGUGUGGAGGUCUGCUGGGACGCCAUCUUGAUGAAGCAGUGACUCUCUGUAUGGUGGACCUGCAGCUAAAGGAUGACCUGGGUUGGGAUGAAGCUCUACUGCCGUUUCUGGAAAAUGAGUGUGAGAAACAGCUGCUGGACAACCGCACCCAGCGAGCCAUGGAGGUUCAUACCUCACCAGGCGCUUCAGAGGAGGUGGUGAUGGCAUUGCGCUGCCCGAACUUGUGUAACGGGAAUGGAGAGUGUACCGAGUGGGGAUGCCAAUGUUAUCCAAGUUACAGCAACCAUGACUGCAGCCUUUCCAUCAGCCACCCUAUUGAGAUAACCGAUUUGGAAAAUGGUGGACUAUGUGACAUCCGAACCUUUGACUGUCGCAGUGUUCGAGUGUUUGGCCUCGGCUUCAUUGACUCUCCUGAGCUUAGCUGCCUCACCACAAGACUAAAGUUCAUGAACAACGGUUGGGUUCCAGAGGAGCAGCAGAAGACAAAGGCAACUUUUCUCAGCUCCAAGGCUUUAGACUGUGCUGUUCCAUCACUGAGCAGUGCAGCUAUCAGUACAGAGGACUUCAUGAUGGACGACAAGCCAUAUGCACGAUGGGACAUUAAGGUGACCAAUGAUGGGUUCCAGAUCAGCCAGGCAAAGAUGCUGACAAUUUAUGAUGGUGUUUGCCAGGUCUGUGAGGCAUCGCACUCAGGACUCUGUAAGUUAAAGGAGAAGACAUGUAACAUAGACGGGAUGUGUUUUGCAGCCGGAAGUGUCAACCCCAGCAGCCCCUGCCUUGUGUGUAAUCCCGACACCUCCAAAUUCACCUGGUCUGUAAACCAAGUAAACAGGCCUCCAUCUUUCCACCGACCUCAGAGCAGCCUGCGGACAUUUGCUGGAGAGAAUUUCGUCUUCCAGUUUGCGGCGUCUGACCCAGAGGGCUCGGCGAUCCUGUUUCAGCUGGAGGAUGAACCAGAUGGGGCUGCACUGUCUCCUGCUGGCCUUCUCAUCUGGAGGGUCCCCUCGGUUCUCCUCAAGGAGGAGGUUCAGCAGUCCUUCAGUUUUACGCUCUCUGAUGAGUGCAACGUCCAGAGCACCUUCAUGGUCCAGGUUGAUGUGGUGCCGUGCGGUUGCCUGAACAGAGGGACCUGCGUGACGGAUGUCAGUUUUCCAGCCGGCAGUGGGAAGUACCUUUGUGUUUGUCCUGAGGGUAAACAGGGCGAACUCUGUGGCGAAGACGUGGAUCAGUGUUUGUCGUCUCCGUGUUCAGCCGGCAGGUGCAUCAGCACCGCCAGCGGCUACAGAUGUGAAUGUCCUGCUGGACUGAGAGGUUUAACAUGCCUGGAGGACAUCAAUGAAUGUGAGAGGAAUCCAUGUUUUCCUGGAGUCCAGUGCAUCAACAGUAUCGGCUCCUUUAGCUGUGGUCUAUGCCCCAAAGGCAUGCUGGGAAAUGGAACGACUUGUACAGCAGCAGUCUUUAGGCCGGAUGCCAUCAUCCCAACACCUUUUCCUCUUACAACUGUUUACAAGAUACCAGAUGUUCUGCUGCGAGUCCCAACAAAGACGGACCCUUUCCACAGAGCCUCCACUUCUUUGAAGCCAGAGGUGGGCAAAGAGACGCCAAGAACUGGGACCAAAGCAGAGUCCACCUCUUUGAGGAAUAUCCCAGGAAUUACCCCCAACUUAAAGGUCAGGACGGCCGAAACCAACAAGAGUGUGGCAGCAGAUGCUUCCCAACACAUAGGUGGUCAGCCAAGAAAACCUCAAAGAGGUCCUUUGGUUUCAUCCAAGCCCAUCAGCAACACUUUUGAGGACAACUCAGAGAGUACAGCCUUAAAAGAGACACUGAACCAGACAACAGUAAAGAAUGAAGUCGGGAAUACUUCCAAUAAAACAUCAGAAUCAGGUCCGGUUCGGUCUGUCCCCGUCUCAGCAACAUGUGCCAGCAGGCCAUGCUUCCCUGGAGUCCAAUGCAUCAACCGCAGGCCUCCACACGUUGGCUACGUCUGCGGUCGCUGCCCCCCUGGACUUCACGGCAAUGGUCGUGUCUGCAUGAAGACUCCCAAGGAAGCAUCCAAUGUCCUCCCUCAGCAGCAGACGUUUGGUAAAUCCAGCCGAUAUUUGCAUGUAAGCAAAGCCAAACCUUCCCAACUUAACCUCCACCUGCCAAGCUUCCCAUCCAGGCAAUCUAUCAGGCGUCCACCUUUAUCAGUGGCCACACAAGACAAUCCACCACAUCAGGAUUUAUCAUCACAGAGAGGCGGUGGAACAGGGAGGAGGGAAGCAGUCUCCUCUUUCUCCAGAGACGCUCCAAGGACAUCGUCCAACGCUUUAUUCACUCCCCACUCCACUCAUGAGAUUGCCAUCUCCAGAUAUGUCACCAGGACAUUCACCAGGUCAAGAACUGCAACCUUUAGAGAGUCGGGUCCCAAGACGACCCAGAAGUCUGAGCAAGCUACAGCCCUUAAAGUGACGCCACCACAGGGAGUUCAGCCACAGCUCAAGUCCUGGACGCCUCCAAAGCCUGCUCUCCCUCGCACCGCUGCCCUCACAGCUCUGUCCUACACUCUGUCCGAAUCAGAGUUCUCCGCAGAUGGAGACGAACUUGAUCCCCUACCCGAGGGUCCACAAGCACCCCCAGCACCAACUCCUACACCUUUUGUCCAGGCGGUCUCCAGCUUCACACCACAUAAACAUAUGUCCAAUCAUCUCAAAAUAAGGAGCGACACAACAGCCAACAGUCAUGUGACGGCCUGCUCCGGUACACUUUGCUUUCCUGGGGUCCAGUGUGAGCCGGCAGUGGGUGGGGGUUUCCGCUGUGGGAGGUGUCCUGCAGGAUACAUCGGAGAUGGACACGCAUGUCGGGCUGUAUGCAGGCACAUGUGUGGCAGAAACAUGGAGUGUGCUGCACCCAACACAUGCCGCUGCAAGCCAGGCUAUACAGGCUCAAACUGCCAGACAGCGAUUUGUGAUCCGGAGUGUGUGAACGGCGGGGUUUGCAUUGCUCCAGGUGUGUGUCAGUGUCCCGGAGGUUUCCAUGGAGAGAUUUGUGAAGAAGCUCUGUGCAGGUUUCCAUGUGAAAAUGGAGGCAGCUGUGUGGGACUGCAGACCUGUUCCUGUCCGUAUGGGUUUGUUGGUCCCCGAUGUGAAACCAUGGUCUGCAGCCGUCACUGCCACAAUGGAGGAAAGUGUAUGUCCCCAGACGAGUGUAGGUGUCCUCCAGAGUGGACCGGACCGUCCUGUGAGACAGCUCUAUGUUCGCCCGUUUGUCUGAACGGAGGAACUUGUUCUCGGCCGAACGCCUGCGAGUGUCCCCGCGGUUUCUACGGAGCGCAGUGUCAGAAUGCUGUCUGCAGUCCACCCUGUAAAAACGGUGGCAUGUGCAGGAGGAACAACCUCUGUUCCUGCCUGCAGGGAUUCUCCGGAGAGCGUUGCGAGAAAAGUGUGUGUGACCCCGUGUGCAUGAAUGGCGGCAGGUGCGUCGGCCCAGACGUGUGCGACUGUCCGUCCGGCUGGCGAGGGAAGAGAUGCGACAAACCCAGCUGCCUGCAGACGUGUCUGAACGGAGGGGAGUGUGUCGGUCUGAACACCUGCCACUGUCCGCCAGGCUGGCAGGGAUUUCUCUGUCAGAUCCCUCGCUGCGAGACGCCAUGUUUGUUCGGCAGCCGCUGCGUUCAGCCAAACGUCUGUGCCUGCAGAGCUGGGUUCACCGGAGCUCGGUGUUCACAGAGGCUCCCUGUCGCUCGCGGCUGACGAUCAGCGGAUUAUUGAUCCCAACUCUCUGACUACUGUAGAAACCUGCCAUGUUCAGGUUCCUCGUCUAUAAUCUGACUUUCUCUAUCAGUAUUUAUUUAUUUGGAUGUUUUAUAUUGUCACAUAUCCUUGUAAUCUGCUGCUUCUCAUCGAAUCUUUGUUUACUGGAUGUUUUGUAGGAGAAUAAAAAGUGUUUUAUAGGCUUUUCUGA